AUGUUAUCUAUCCCAAACUUGCAGUGUAUUGGCGUUACAACCCUUGAUGAAUACCGUAAACACAUUGAGAAGGACCCUGGAUUAGAGAGACGAUUCCAGCCUGUAAAGGUGCCUGAGCCAACAGUUGAUGAGACAAUACAUAUUUUAAAGGGGCUCCGAGAACAAUAUGAGAUCCACCACAAGCUCCGAUACACUGAUGAAGCGUUAGUAGCUGCUGCCCACUUGUCAUAUCAGUACAUAAGUGACCACUUUCUUCCCGAUAAAGUUAUCGAUUUAAUCGAUGAAGCCGGUUCUCGUGUCCGACUUCGUCAUGAUCAAGUACGACUUUUUUCAUCUUUGAGCCCAUCAAUCGAUAAUCAAUUAUCUAUGUUUUUUUACCAACUUCCUGAAGAAGCCAUAGAGUUGGAGAAAGAACUUAGGCAAAUAACAAAAGAGAAAAACGAAGUUGUCCGUGGUCAAGACUUUGAAACGACUGGAGAGUUACGGGAUCAAGAAAUGGACCUAAAGACACAAAUAUAA